ACUACAGACUCAGCAGGAAAGGCAUUCAGUAGUCUUUUAGCAAAUCCCCCCCCAAAAAAAACUCCAUUAAGAUGUUGAAGUUUGUAGUAGCGUUGAUGUUGACAACGAUCUUCCUUUCGGUCGACGCUGGGCAUUACGGAAUGGGAAGGACUAAUCAGAAGCCAAGAACUCGACAGGGUAACUUAGCAGAAGAACUUACCCGGAGAGGUUUUACCACUCUGGUGGACCUCGUUACGAGAGCUGGUCUUGCUGAUACUCUCUCCAACCAAGGCCCCUUCACCGUCUUCGCCCCCACCAACGAAGCCUUCAAAGCCUUGGACCAGAACCUCGUGUCUUAUCUCUUGGACAAUCCUGAGGAGUUGAAAAACGUCCUUCUCUACCACGUCGUGUCAGGCAGCGUUCCUUCCCGUAGCCUCAGCAACGACCUGGUGGCAGAUUCCGUUCAGGGGUCGCCUCUCAGGAUUAACCUCAGGUCACGUCCUUCGGGAGUCACCGUCAACGGCGUGGAUGUGAUCGAAGCAGACAUCAAAGCAAGCAACGGCAUCAUCCACGCUGUAGACCAGGUGCUGCUCGCUCCCCAGGCUGACAUCGUAGGCACUCUCGUAGGGGAUGACAGGUUCUCCACACUCGUUGCUGCUGUCACUGCUGCGGGCUUGGUUGACACCCUUCGAGGAGGACCCUUCACAGUAUUCGCCCCGACCAACGACGCCUUUGCCAAGCUCCCCCCGGGUACUGUGGACAGCCUCCUCGGCGACAUCCCUGCGUUAACAGAGGUUCUUCUUCGUCACGUUGUUCCUUCCACCCUUUAUUCUCGCGCUCUUCUGGGAAACACUUACAACACUGCUGGCGGUGAUAGGCUGUCAGUGUCUCAAGCCGGGGGUCGCGUGAACGUCAUGACGCAACAGAACAGGGCCAGCGUGAUCGAGGCAGACAAGACGGUCACCAAUGGGUGGUUGUUAGGCCUAUUCAGUUACCCUAACCCUUUGCCAGCCACCGCACGUUUCGAGAUGAGAAGAUCCAUCCUUUUCUUCUUCGUGUUUGGGGUAACUGCGUCUUCGAGAGCAGAGAAUUAUGGCCUCGACCGACGCCAGGGCAACAUAGCUGAAGUGCUGACGAAGGGAGGCUUCAGCACACUCCUUCAGCUGGUGGCGAGAGCUGGGCUUGCCGAGAGCGCAGCUGAGGGAGGUCCUUUCACCAUCUUCGCCCCUACUGACGAGGCCUUCGCUGCCCUCGACCCGACCGUGAGGAACUUUCUGCUGUCGGACGCCGAGGCGCUGACGACCGCCCUCUUGUACCACGUCGUCCCCGGCAGCGUCGUCGGGUCUGCUCUCGAGGACGACCUGGAGUUGGGGUCCGCGGCGGGUUCGGUUCUCAAGGUCAACGUCGUCGGUUCGAAUCCUCGGGAGGUCACGGUCAACGGCGUGAAAGUUCAGAAGGCGGACCUCACAGCGAGCAACGGCGUCGUUCACGUCAUUGAGAAGGUCCUCCUGCCUCCUAAGCUGACCAUCGUCGAAGCCCUUGCAGGAGAUGGACGAUUUUCGACUCUGGUGACAGCCAUCAGUCUCGCCGACCUGUUCGAAACACUCGACUCAGAUGGCCCCUUCACUGUCUUCGCACCUACAGACGACGCCCUAGCCUCACUCCCCCAAGGAACCGUGGACAGCUUCCUGCAGGACAUCCCAGCUAUCCGGAAGGGCCUUCUUCGCCUCGUCCUCCCUUCGAGGUUGUACUCGAGAGCGCUCCUUGGAAAGACCUUCAGAAGCGUUCAGUGGAGAAGAGGUGAGUCUUGUGUUGAGUGUCAGAGUUGGUCGUAUGAUCUCUCCGUGUUCCAAGACAACUACGGUCGACUGAGGGUAAGGACCAGCGUUAACACAGCGACCAUCAUAUACACUGAUGCCACGCUAUUCAAUGGAGUGUCAGGUAGGGGCUACGGACGUGUAUAUAAGGCAGGUGGGAUUCCUCGGCCCCUUACUUUCAGCCUGGAGACUUUCCCGUACAACAGCCCCCAAAGAUCUCGGAACUUUUUCAAGAUGUUUAGAGGUCUUGGUACAUUAUUACUCUUGGCUGGUCUUGUUCUUGCGGUUCAUGGCCGGCACCCUAAGCAGGUUCGUCAGGUCGGUAGUGAGGGCAACCUCGCAGAAGUGUUAAGUGGCAGAGGUUUCCGAACCCUCGUGGACCUCGUGGUUAAAGCUGGUCUGGCCGAUACCGUCUCUAACAGUGGCCCCUUCACCGUGUUUGCUCCCACCGACGAAGCUUUUGCAGCCCUCGAACCGCAACUUGUUAAUUACCUCCUUGAGAAUCCCGAAGUCCUCAAGAACGUUCUCCUUUACCACGUCCUGCCAGGUCAAGUCUUCUCCUCGAGCUUGGAGAAUGACCUUGUGGCCAGUUCCGCCCAGGGAAGGACUCUGAGGGUCAAUCUUUUCUCUAAUCCUACGGGCGCGGUGGUCAACGGCGUAAACGUGAUCGAGGCCGACAUCCCCGCGAGCAACGGCGUCGUCCACGUCAUCGACAAGGUCCUUCUGCCUCCCAAGGGCACGGUUGUCGACACCCUGGUUGGCGACGACAGAUUUACGACCCUCGUGGCUGCCGUGACCGCCGCUGGCCUGGCCGACACCCUCGCCUCUGGUUUGUUGUGCUCGGAGUUUGGAACCUUCACAGAUCUGCCUCACGGCCUUCAACAAGCUCACCUCUGCCUGGAACUUCUACAGGACAUUGUUCAAGAAGUUGUGCUUCACGUCUUUGCCCUUCGACGCCUCUUCUCUGCUCUUUUCUGGGAUACUUCUCGCGAGCCUUUGUCAGUCUCCCAGGACACAUCCGGCCGCGUGACAGCUUCCACCACUGCCAACACCGCCCUCGUGACGAUCCCCAACACACCUGUUUCCAACGGAGUCAUCCACGUCAUCGACACCGUUAUCUAA